CUGUCCGAACAGCUUCGCCGUUGCCUAAAACAACAAGGCGUACGCGCUGUUUUCAAGUCGGAGACUACGCUAAGAUCUCAGUUGGUACGACCAAAAGACGCUGUCGACCUGGCUAAACAAGAUGGCGUAGUUUACAGGAUUCUCUGUGAAUGCGGCAAGGUGUACAUCGAAGAGACUGGAAGACCUAUGCAGACAGAAUUUAGGAGCACGAUCGAGACAUUCGAUUCGCCCGUACCGAGACCUCCGCCGUUUCAGAGCAUGGCCACAACACCGGACACAAGCCACUCUGGAACGAAGUAAAGUUUAUUGAUCGUGACCCAUAUCACUACAUGCGCAGGGUCAAAGAGGCAAGUCAUAUAAGACUUCACCCUAACAACUUAGUGGAUAGUGGAAUAGAAAUUUUAGAAGCGUGGAAACCCACGAUAAAAAAAAACACAACAACAGGAGAGCCGUGCCGUGCCGUGUAUCAUUGA